CUUUCGAUUAAAGGAUUCAGUAUCCCUGUACACUUCCGGCCGUUUAGCUAUUUAUUAUGGUGAAAUAGAUUACCGCGCACUAUAUCGACUCUAUCGCGAAUUAUAGUAUGGGAGGCCCGAAAGAGACAGAUCGAUUCCGGAAAGUAAUUUCCACCAAGUCAAACUAUCGCUCCGACGGUUGCUUCUAGACUAAUUUCGAUUUUUGAUUUUGGGGAGCGGAUCGGUUCGUGGUGGUUACACGAAUUGAUUUCUAAUUGGUGGAAAUUAUGGCGUGGUUUUCCCACUACCAAUUCUUAGAGGGGAUCGACCUGUCAAGUCAGCGGUUUUGGCAGUCAGCAGUUUUGACGGUGCAUGAUUUCCGCGGUGGAGUUCAAUGCUCUGGUAUGUGUCAUACUUUUUGUUGGGGUGAAUGCACUUGCCGAAAUGGUGAAACCGAUUUUUGGUGGACGUGGUGUUUAUUAUUUGAGGAAUGUAUUUCCUGUCGGUUAGUAUCUAUGGGGAAUGCGGGAGAAGUUAUUGAUAAUGGGUUUUGGAUAUCACAGCCCCCGCUCGGAAUCAUUAUUGCACUGGGUUGGAAUUGAUUUUGAGAAGUGUCUGCAAUUUCACAUAGUCGGGUGUAACUUGAUCUAUUGGGUUUCCUGUUUAUCUCUUGUCAGCGAUUGUUCGGAUCGUGGGUACUGUUUGUUUCGUCUCGUUCGGUCGGGGAUUGCGAUCAGAUUUCUGCAGAUUGGCAUGGUGCAUCCGGUGUAAUGAGUUUCUGUGACAGUUCUUUGGGUACUCUUAGAUCAGUCUGCUGCUGUCUUUUCUCGUGGUAGGAGUGUUAAUAUGCCUUCGAAAGGCCGUCGUAUUCGAAAUGCUCCUCGGGAGUUGAGAGUUUUGUUGUCGCGGUGUGAUCAACCUGGACCUGAUGGGGUGAAAGUGUCUCUUGGUCUUUUGCCAUAUGUCGAUAUGGUUUUGGGAGAGAAUCCUGAUAUUUUUAGGUUGAGUGGAGUUUUGAAUAAGCAGUUUUUUGGAGGUGGGGUGCGUGGAUUCACCUAUCUUCGAUCUAACCGAAAGAAGGACUGUUUCGGUUAUACGGAUUUUACGACGAAGAUAAUUUAUUUGCAAGAGUUCAUGUUCUCUGCGGGAUUAUGUAGGUCAGUGUUAGUUCGCGCCCUCUUUCAUGAGAUGAUCCAUGCGUUUUUGGAUAACACUGGCGCGGAUAGGAACGAGAACUCUGGGCAUGGACCGAUUUUUAUGAGGGAGGUGUCCCGGAUAAACAAGCUGCUGGGAUGUGAUCUGAUGGAUGAAAGUGACGUUUCUUGGGAUAGGCUACGGAUUUUAAAUCUGGAUAAGGUUUUUAUCUGUAACAAGUGUCGGAAGAAGGUGUCACGCGUCUUAACUCGCCCACCAGGACCGGAUGAUUUUUAUCCUUGGUAUGAGAGUCAUCGGAGGAGAUGUGGGGGUACUUUUGGUUUGGCAGCUUGAUCGGGUGGUCUGAGGUUUGGAAGGGUGAUUGGGGAUGAGGGAUUCUUCUACUAUUUCUGGGACAGCAGGCCAUAGCAGUGUGAGGAUCUUAUGCAUCGAAUGGAGGCAUUUUUGGGACUGUCGGCCGAAAGUCGGCCCAGUAUUGACGAUGUUUAUGGAGACUCUAUCCCCGAUUUCGGAGUGUUUCUGUUGCUUACUACGAGUUUUGGAUGUGUUUGGAUAUACCACGAGUGUUUGAUCAUAUUAUUAUAAUUAUUUUCUGAAAAAUAAAUGGUU